AUGAUACAACAACAACAGCUGAGAAAUCAUUAUCCACAUGUUGAGGAUGAUCAUGACAUUAUCGGCUUGGAGGAGCAUACAAAGACGUUGCAGACUGAACUGAUGAAAGAUGAUGAACGUCGUUAUGUAGUAUCUAUCGUUGGUGUCGGAGGUCUGGGAAAAACAACUUUAGCCAAGAAGAUAUACAAACAUGAUAUUGUUAUGAGUCGGUUUGAUUGUCAUGCUUGGAGUUCUAUAUCUCAACAAUUUAACCCGGGAGAUUCUUUAUUACAAUUAAUAAAGACAUCGAUGAAUCUAGGUGACAAUGAGUUGAACAGGAUCAAAGAACUGAGCAUGAGAGAUCUCGUCGGAAAGUUGUACUUGUACCUCCAAGAUAAGCGAUACUUCGUAGUCUUGGAUGAUUUAUGGAGUUUCGAAGACUGGAAUACGCUAAGUCCUGCCUUUCCAAAUGGGAAAAGAGGAAGUAAAGUAUUGCUAACCACUCGAAACAAAGAAGUAGCUUCACAAGUAGAUCCAUGGAGCCUGCAACUCGAACCUCAUCUUUUAAAUGAUGAAGACAGCUGGGAAUUACUUUGUAAGAAAGCAUUUCCCAAGAAUAUGAGAGAUGUUGCUUGCUACCCCACAAAUCUGGAGAAAUUAGGAAAGGAUAUGGUGCGUAAAUGUGGAGGUCUGCCCUUGGCGAUCUGUGUUCUUGGAGGGAUAUUAGCAACAAAGAGGGCAGAGAUCAAGGAAUGGGAAUAUGUCAAUAGAAACUUCACCUCAAACAUUAAUAAAGGAAAAAAUGGAGGUGUGAUGGGUAUACUCGAAUUAAGCUACAAUGAUCUGCCAGUUCACUUGAAGCCAUGCUUUCUUUACUUAAGUCUUUCCCCAGAAGACUAUGUAAUUCCAAGAAAAAAAUUGAUCCAACUGUGGAUUGCCGAGGGCUUCAUACUACACAUGCAAGAAGAUGCACUAGUAACACCGGAGGACAUAGGGAAGAACCAAUAUUAUGCAGAGUUGAUUCAAAGGUGUAUGAUUCAACCCGACAAAGAUACUAAUCCAUGGAGGAAAAAAGCAUGUCGGAUGCAUGAUCUAAUGCGGGAUCUUUGUUUGUUAAAGGCGAAGGAGAUGAACUUCAGUGAUGUUUAUAAUGACCACAAUGAUGGGAUAACGUUAAAUUCUUCGAGAACUGAUACAUGUAGAAGGCUGCGGAGGUAUUCUCUCCAUCUUAAUGAUCAGGCGAAAAGGUAUGACAACCUUUACUUCAAUAAUUCAACUUGCGCACUUCGUACUCUUCUUGUCAACAAUCCACGGGGUAAUCCGCUAGCUCCACUGCAAUACCAAAACAUAAUACUACUUCAAGUUUUGGAUCUUGAAAAUGCUAAAAACUUUAGCACAAAUAUAACACAAGAAGUAAUGGCAACUGCAAGAUAA